AUGGAUGGACAAGGAACGGUCACGGAACAGGCAGUACAGCAGGAACAACAAACUGAUAAAGAGAUAUCAGGGGAUGAAGAAAUCGGAGUUGAAGCCAUUGGGAAAAGCAGUACUAGUGGACAAGUACGACGAAAAUCAACAGCAGCAAUUUAUAUCAGGCAUGUUGGACAUACCGAGGAUCAAGGAAGCAACACUACCACACAAAAUCACAUGGCAUUAUGUGACAAAGACGCACACGACGCAGCAGCGGGAGGACAAUUAAUUUUAACGGAAGGAAAUUUUGCAGGGGAGGCUGCAGGGCGCAUAACAGAAGGUGUGUUUUGGGGGGAAGGCUAUUAUCGCGGGGAGGAAUUGAGCAUCGAAGAACAAUACACCAAAAUGUUGACUGCCAACGGUGCAUAUUUUGGUGCGGGGGGAACAACGUCGGAAGAAAGGGUGGAUGGCGUAGGGCCAAGGAAGAUGAUAUUGGAAGGGUGGGAAGACAAUACAGUUUGGGGUGGUCAGGUAGGGUACGUGAAUAACGACAUGGAGGUGGGUGGCAGGGGAGCGGUGUGGAGAAUUAGCACAGAUGAAGUGUUGAAAAUGCUUUGGAGUUCCUACGGAGGAGUAGAAACGGUGCACUUCAAUGUCAUUUCGGAAAGACAAGCUGGAGGAGGAACGGCGCAAUGCGUAGACUGGAGCGUGCGGGUGUACCUGCGUGAGGAGCAGGACUUUGAAAGAGAAUACGCAUUUUUAACGAGAUAUACGCGCUGGCUAAUGCGAGCCGGAAUGGAAAUGAACAUAGUCAUUUUGGGAGGACCGGUAGGAGCACUGGGAUCUGCUGGGAUCUGCUCUCAGCCCUUAGCCGAAUAUCCAGGUUUUGCAGAUGUAGGUUGA